GUGGGAUGUAUCUGCUUGAGAGAUGCUGAUAGCGCAGCAAGCAGGCCGAACGGACUUACCACCACAACAGCAGACCUCCAUGCUUACUGUCCCCAUCCAGAUGGGAUAACGGGUCUGCUCUCUUCAGAAGAUGGAACCGCUCAACAUGAAUACGAGCUUAAUAAAGUACGGCAACACGUUGAACACCACUUCGAAUAUGACGACAGGAAUCGUGACCAGUGACGUCAGUACAACUGAGUAUUCCAAUGCUCUGAGUGUGAUUGGUUCCAUGGAACGCUAUUAUAUAUUGUUCAUACUGGUUCUCGGUUUCCCAGGCAACCUCGCUAGCAUAGUGACCAUCCUGAAAAUGUCCCGGCUGAAGUCCUCAACAUUUUACGUAGCAGCUUUAAGUAUCGUUGACAACGUUGCUCUCAUACUUAAAUCAAUUUUCAUGGAGCUUCUACAUCACCCAAACGCCUUCUCGGUCGCUGGAUGCCGGUUCAUGUGUUUCCUUGGGCUUGUAACAGCUGCCUUUUCAAAUUGGAUUCUGGUUGCCAUGGCGACAGAACGUUUUAUGGCCGUCCGGUUUCCUCUGAUGGUUGCGAGCAUCUGGACAUUGAGGCGAACGGUUGUCCUUACGUGUAUCAUAUUUUCGUGUCUCUGCGCAUUACACUUGCAUAUUUUCUGGACAAUGGUGAACUCCGUCAACGGCUGUGUCUACUCCGCCGACUACACCGACUUCACUACCGAAUACUGGUACUGGAUCAGCGCAUCGGUGUACGCAUUCAUCCCCUGCACCGUCCUCAUCGUCUUCAACUUCCUCAUCGUCUACAACAUUCAGCAGUCCUCCAAAAUCCGCCGUGACUUAGCCGUGAACACAAGCUGCUCAAAUAAAGCCAAGCGAUCAGGGUCUGGUUGUCAUGACAACCACAUCACGAUUAUGUUGGUCAGCGUGACCAUUGUGUUCGUCAUACUGACCAUUCCUCGCUGCGUCGUCAUGCUCGUCAUCAAAGGUGGGCCCCCUCAAUCCUCCCUGGAACAGGUGCAACGACGUUUCGUUGACGUGCUUACUUCCAUGUUCGCCGAUUCCAACCACGCCGUGAACUUCUAUCUGUACUUCUUCGCCGGCAGGCAGUUCCGUUACCAGUUCCUCAAGACGAUGUUUGGUCACCGACGUGAGAGUAACAACUCCAACACCACGAAUAGGUCGACAUUGGGGAAGGAGGAGGACCUGCACAUGAUGGUCAACUGACCUGUGACCUGUGACCUGUGACCUGUGAACCUGUGACCCACUUUAUGAGAGGUCAAUAUCUGUUUUCAUUAACUCGCAAAGAGCAAUAUUGACCAAAGACAAAGUGUUUGCAGACCAUUGUGACAUCAUCACUAUCCAAUGACAUCAUAAAUCUCACUGUUGAUUAGCUUCCCUACUGGGGCCUACGGUGGGACAGGAUACGCUUACCUUUUAUCAUAUGUAUUUGAUAGUGAUUCAUAAACACAUGCUCGUGAUAUAGUCGGAUUUCUAUUGGAUAUGGAAAGGGUUUUAUCGCUUUAAAAACACUUACGUCCUCGUACCAUGAAGGUUCCUAUUCUAAUUCUGUGAAUGUCAGUCCAAGUUAUUUUAUCACUAUUUUCAAACUUCGAGGGACGCGUCGUAAUACAAAAUGGCUGCAACGAUAAACCUGACGGAAGUGAUUUCUGAAGCUGUUAAUGAACCUGUGGCGAUCACAGGUAUUCGUCAUCAUUGUCCGAUUGGCAGAUUAUUGUACGGUCAACGGGCAAGCGGUAAAACCUCUUACUUCAUUUAAGAUUAAAGGGUCUAAAUGAUCAGAAACAGCGCUUCUAUAUUCAUUCAUGCAAGGGAAUUCCCAGAGGUUUCCUUAGGAAUGUGGAAGUGGUCCGUCAGUGUUUCCAUAACACAGCCUCGUGAAAAAAUGUCAGUUUCAAGGUCAUGUGACCGACUUUACGUCUAAUGCAAAAGCCGUAAAUAGUUUCACAUUCAAACAUGCGCCUUCGUCCAGUGUGAAGUAAUUAAAGUUAGCGUCAAUAUCUGGUA